AGAUAAGCUGAAUGGAAAUGUUUCAGGCGAACCUCAACAUCAGGAUAAUAGCAGGCAAUAACAGUGCAAAGGUUAGUACAUCUCAAGCGUGAUAUCUACCCCACCCAGUGUUCACUGACAGAAGUGCGUAAAAAGGGAACAUAGCACCUGCCCGGGAGAGAACUGUCCUGCGUAAAAAUGGAGAGAAGAGUGGCCCGAGAAUUCCGACAUAAAGUGGAGCUGCUGAUUGAUAAUGAAGCUGAGAAGGAUUACCUGUACGAUGUGCUGCGCAUGUACCACCAGGCCAUGGACCUCACGGUGCUGGUGGGGGACCUGAAGCUGGUGAUAAAUGACCCCAGCAGGCUGCCUCUCUUUGACGCCAUCCGGCCCCUCAUCCCCCUCAAGCACCAGGUGGAAUAUGACAUGCUCACGCCCAAACGCUCACGUAAGCUGAAGGAGGUGCGUCUGGAUCGGACCCAUCCUGAUGGGCUUGGCCUGAGUGUCAGAGGGGGGCUGGAGUUUGGCUGUGGGCUCUUCAUCUCGCAGAUUGUCAAGGAUGGACAGGCAGAGAGUGUUGGCCUACAGGUCGGAGAUGAGAUUGUGCGCAUCAACGGCUACUCCAUCUCCUCCUGUAUUCACGAGGAGAUCAUCAGCCUCAUCAAGACCAAGAAGAUUGUUUCCCUCAAAGUGAGACAUGUUGGCAUGAUACCCAUAAAGAGCUCCUCUGAGGACCCCCUGAAGUGGCAGUUUGUGGACCAGUUUGUGUCAGAGUCUGGGGACAAGAAGAGCAGCGUGGCCGGUCUGGCCUCCAUCGCCCAGAAGGAGAUCAAAGAGAAGAAGGUCUUCCUGAGUCUAGUGGGCACCACGGGCAUGGGCAUCAGCAUCUCGAGCGGGCCGAGGCAGAAGCCAGGCAUCUACAUCAGCAAUGUCAAGCCAGGCUCUCUCUCAGCAGAAGUAGGCCUGAAGGUGGGUGACCAGAUUGUGGAGGUCAAUGCAGUGGAUUUCACCAAUCUGGACCAUCCUGAGGCAGUACGGGUGCUAAAGAGUAGCAGAAGUUUGACUAUCACAGUCCUCACUGGUGCAGGCAGUGAGUUGUUUAUGACGGAUGAGGAGCGUUUGGCAGCUGAGGCCCGGCGUGAGAUCGAGAGGCAAGAGCUGAUGCAACAGAAGAGGGUCGCCAUGGAGACCAACAAGAUCGUCAAGGAACAGCAGGAGAAGGAGAGACAGAGGAAAAAAGAGAUAUCUCAAAAAACAGCUGAAGAGGAGGAAAGAUAUCGCCAAGAAAUGGAAAAGAUUGAGGCGGAGGAGAUGAAACACCACAGGAACUGGGAAGAGGACUGGGGUCCACGAGACUCCCCUCAGCCCCCCAAGAAGACCCCGUCUCCAAAGCCCCCCGCCAGCCCCUCACCGCCACGGGCCAAGUCCAAAUCUGACGAUGAGGAUGGUGAUGACGAAGACGAGGAAGGUUACUAUGAGUGACAGAUGUUAGAAUUAAAGGGGACUGGCACGGAUUCAACAAGAUUUCAUGUGACAACCAAACACCAGCUCACUGGGUGGCCCUCACACCAGAACAGAUGUGAAUCUUUCGACUGGUUUUACAAAUACGAAGGAAAGCUUCCCUCUCUGAAAAAGAAAGGCAAAGAGAAGAAGCAGAAGAAGAAGAAGGCGUCCAAGCAGGACUCCCUGCCGUCCUGGAGGAACAAGAAGGAGAUGGAGUACGAGCUGAACCUGGCCCAGGAGAAGGAGGAGAUGCACGAGCGAGAGAGGCAGCUCAAAAUCAACAGGCUGGUGCAGGAGGUGUCCGAGACGGAGCGAGAGGACGUGCAGGAGUCGGCCCAGACCCAGUUCUGGGUGGAGAAGCUCUGUCAAACCAGACUAGAGCACAUCACCGGGGACGAGGAGCUAGAGAUGUCGUCCCCAGCCUCGUCCCCUGCCCACUCGGUGUCCACCAUGCGGAGGUUCCCCGGCGGCCAGAUGGCCACCACCGACCUGGACGACAUCCACCUGGACAAUGUGGACAAGAGCCUGAGGCAGCCCCUGAAGAGGCUGACCCCCAUCCAGCCCGCCAGCAACCCCUCGCCUCCCCCCUUACCCAUCCCCCCGACCUCGCCUCGCCUCCACCCCACGGCCCCCAUGCCGCCCCCUCUCAACCCUUACCCGCAGUCCGCCUCCCCUCACCUCAUACUCUCCGUGGCCACGCUGCCGACCCCUCCCAACCCGUACGACGCCACACCACCCUCCCCGCACCCGACCCACAGACCCCACCGGCACCCAACCAACCUCCCGCUCCCGAAACGCGGGUCCCCCCACAUGGACCCUCCGUCGGCCCGGCUGCCGCCCCCUCCGCCCACAUCACGCAGGCCGCCACCGCCCCCUCCGGGUCACCCCGUGCCACCGCCCCCGAAACAUCCGGGCCACCCCAGGGGUCCGCCUCUCUCCGGGUCGUCGUCUUCUUCCUCCUUGCCACCACCCCCUCCUCCGCCGCCGCAGCAUGCCGACGAGCGCUUCACCUCGCCGGGCUACUCGCGCGCCGCCAGCCCCUCGGAGCACAGCACCACUGCCUGGGAGACCUACGGCAGGCAAACCCCCAGGGGUGGCUACCACCCGCCCAGCCCGCCCAGUGAUCGCUCCACCCCUCCCAGUCCCACGGUAUUGAGGAGCAUAUCCCACGGGGCCAGAAUAUCCACAUCCAGCCACCCUGUGCAAAUCGCCCCCAGCCCCCCCACCCAGAGGAGGCAGCUGAACCCCAUCAUGUCCAAACCCGUCAUGCUGCCCCCGGGCACCCCCCACAAGACCACACAGCACAAGGAGGGCCUGCCGCCGGAGAUGCUCAAACGGAUGGUGGUGUACAACACAUCCUUUAAGUCCAAAGAUCCGACAUCCUUUAAGUCCCCCAGGAAACAAGGAUUUAAGAAAUACGUAGAAGACUUCGAUCCAUACUCCAUGUUCACUCCAGAACAAAUAGCAGACAGAGAAGUCAGACUGCUCAGAAUUAAAAAGAUCGGACAGCUUGACAUGGCGGUGGAGGGAGGUGUAGAUUCACCCCUGGGGAAGAUUGUGGUGUCUGCUGUUUAUGAGGGUGGUGCAGCAGACAAACAUGGUGGGAUUGCACCAGGUGACGAGGUGAUGGCAGUGAAUGGUAAAAUCCUGACAGACGUCACUCUCACUGAGGGGCAGAACUCCCUGACCAGGGCCUGGAACACUGGUGGGGACUGGAUAGAUCUGGUCAUAGCUGUGUCCCCACCCAAGGACUAUGAGGAUGAAGUCCCUAAGGCAGCAUCAGUCAGUACCACUGCAAACAGAAAGUACACUACGGGCAACACCACUCUGUACAGACACGGCUACCGGCCCCGGCCAUAGCCGCUGCUACGUACCCCCCUCCCGAGCCCUCUGCCUCAGCCUGUGGCCUCCAGGCAAGGGCCAGGCUCUGCAGGCCGGGCCGGGCCGGGCCCGCUCACCUACCUCAUCCCCCUGGGACCUUCUUCUAGGAGGCGGUGUAUGUAUGCUCUCUCCUCCUCUCGCCCCUUUGAUGCAACAGCCGGCACCCAGCAUGUGGGCCUGCCCAGGAACCUGGAUAUCGCCACCAUUUCAUUCAUUCAGUUUUAUUACCACGCUUCAGUAUGAUCCCGCCCGCGGCUUCUGACAGCAGCAUGAACCAAGAAAAAUGUCAUGUGAAAAGAAAAAUGCCAUGCUGUUGAAGAAAUAAAACUUAAUAAAAAAUAUGCUAACAAAGAA